AUGGCCACUGCGGGAAAAGUUAUCAGGUGCAGGGCUGCCGUUGCCUGGGCCCCGGGCAAGCCACUCUCUGUUGAGGAGGUGGAAGUUGCCCCCCCAAAGGCAGGGGAAGUCCGGAUUAAGCUUGUGGCUACAGGCAUUUGUCAAACAGACGAACACCUUCUGCAAGGCUGCUUUCCCAGUGCAGAAUUCCCAGUUAUCCCUGGCCAUGAAGGAGCUGGAAUUGUGGAAAGCAUUGGAGAAGGAGUGACCUCUAUGAAACCAGGAGACAAAGUCAUCCCCCUUUGCCUCCCACUAUGUGGAGAAUGCAGCUUCUGCCAGAAUCCUGAAUCCAACUACUGCCAGAAGUCCCAUUUCUCUGAACCUCAAAACCUGCUGCCAGACAAGACCAGCAGAUUCACUUGCAAAGGGAAGCAGAUCCACCACUUCCUGUGGAUCAGCACCUUUGCAGAAUACACUGUGGUCCCAGAGUAUGCUGUUGCCAAGAUAGAUGCUGCAGCACCUCUGGACAAAGUCUGCUUGUUUGGCUGUGGGUUUUCCACAGGCUAUGGGGCUGCCAUCAACACAGCCAAGGUAAAACCAGGCUCCACCUGUGCCAUCUUUGGCCUCGGAGGAGUUGGCCUCUCUGCUGUCAUGGGCUGCAAGGCAGCUGGAGCUUCCCGCAUCAUUGCCGUGGACAUCAACGAGGACAAGUUUGCCAAGGCCAAGGAGCUGGGAGCCACCAACUGCAUCAACCCUCGAGACUUGAAGAAGCCCAUCCAGGAGGUGAUCACUGAGAUGACCGGGCAGGGCGUGGACUACUCCUUUGAGGCCAUCGGGCAUGGGGACACCAUGAUUGCUGCCUUGGCUUCCUGCAAUAUGAGCACCGGUGUCUUUGUGAUGAUUGGGGAACUGGAUUCUGGUUCAGAGAUUUCCAUCGAUCCCGUGCUUCUGCUGACUGGCCGUACCUGGAAGGGGACUGUGCUCGGAGGCUGGAAGAUGAGAGAAUGUAUCCCCAAAUUAGUUUCCAGCUAUUUGGAGAAGAAAUUCAAUUCAGACUUGCUGAUCACACACACGCUGCCAUUCGCUAAAGUGAACGAGGCAUUUGAGUUGUUACGUGCAGGAAAAAGUAUCCGCAGUGUCCUGCUCUUCUGA